GGGGGCAGGGGGGUCCCGGCACCGCCGGCACCCUGGGGAGCCGGGGUCGGCCCAGCCAAGGCGGCGCAUCCCCCCUGGAGUGUUGGCGGGCCACCAAGGAGCCAGGGCCCCAGCUGCCCCCCGCUUUCGGGCAGGUAACCGGCGGCAGGGGAGAGGGACCGGGGUACGGCAGGGUGCCAGGGGGCCCGAGUGACCCUGUGGGGAGGCUGGGGGGCCGGGGAACAGCUGGGCGGCUCCCCACAUCUGGAGCAGGGCGGCCGAGCGGGGAAUAAUCCGGGGGAUUAUGCGUGUGCGCGGGCGCGGCGCCCCCCCCGCCUGCCCUGCAUAUCCCCAGAUAUUCCAUAAAAACCUCAAAUCCCCACGCAGCCACGGCCGCUAUCGCACCCCCCCAGCCUUGGCCCCGGCUCGCACCGGCCAGGCGGCAGCCCCCAGGCCUGUGCCAGCUGGCCCCCCGGGGCCAGGCAUGCCCUGCGGCGUGGGGGCGGCCCCCAGCCAUGGGCAACUGCACCAAGACCCCUGAGCGGAGGCUCCCCAAGGUAAGGCCGGCCCGUGCCCACCCCGGGGGGCAGGAGGAGGGUGGGGGGGAGGCCCAGCUCACACCCCCACCCGUUGCCACUGACGCCCGCUGUGCCCGUAGGACGGGAAGCCACACUCCGGCGCCCCAGGCCCCAGCGCCGGGGACCCCGAGGAGGUGGCGGAGGCGGCGCAGUCUCCCCCGCUGCAGAGCUACUCGGUGCUGCAGGGGCUGGUGGGGCCGGCCUGCAUCUUCCUGCGGCAGAGCAUCGCCAUCACCCAGCUGGUACGACCGAGAGCUGCGGCCCGAAGAGAUCGAAGAACUGAAGCAGGCCUUCCGGGAGUUCGACAAGGACCGCGACGGGUACAUCAGCUACAAGGACCUGGGCGAGUGCAUGCGGACCAUGGGCUACAUGCCCACCGAGAUGGAGCUCAUCGAGCUGUCCCAGCAGAUCACUGGGGGCAAGGUGGAUUUUGAUGAUUUUGUGGAGCUGAUGGGCCCCAAGAUGCUGGCGGAGACAGCGGACAUGAUUGGAAUCAAGGAGCUGCGUGAUGCCUUCCGCGAGUUCGACACCAACGGGGACGGGCAGAUCAGCAUGGCGGAGCUGCGGGAGGCCAUGCGCAAGCUGCUGGGGCAGCAGCUCAACUACCGGGAGGUGGAUGAGAUCCUCAAGGACGUGGAUCUCAACGGGGAUGGCCUGGUGGACUUCGAAGAGUUUGUGCGGAUGAUGUCACGCUGAGGGCAGUGCGUGCCAACAUGGGACCCGGGCCCCUGCCGUGCCUUAUGAAGAGGAGGGGGCUGUGGAGGAGACGCCUGGCUCUGGCUGCUGGGGCCACACGGGCGCAGCACAGGGCCCGAGCCCGGGGCAAGGCAAGGCCCUCGCUUCUUCAGCGCCGGAGGUGCUCAGACCUGCCCUCGGCUGUGCGCCUGCCUGGCCGCUGAGGUCCAACCACAGCGUGGGGCGCUGGGGCUGAUGCUGGGCCCCUUUUUGGCGCAGACUCGGCCGGGCUUCGGCCACUCUCACCCUGCUCUCUGCUCUCUCCCGCACCUCGCCCCGCAGCGUCCCCCUUCCCAGCCUGACCUCACCCCACCCACUGUUCCCCAAAACCCAAACGAGCCGUUCCCCUGCCCUCCAGCUGCACCCCUGCCCUGCCGGCGCAUCCCUCCAGCCUUCAUCCUGACCCCCGUAUCCAACACUGACCCCGCUCCCUCCACGCUGUGAUUUUAGGGCUGACCCUACAGCGUAACCCACUGCCUGUCCCCCGUUACCGCAGUUUGAGCUCAGACCUACCCCAGACCCUGCUCUGUCCCACCCCGUGUGGGUGAGCCAUCCCUCUGCUUCCCGGGCCAAGCUUGGAGCCGGUGCGGGCCCUCACGGAUGCUCCAUCUGACCCCCAGCACCGGGGACUCCUCGGGACCUCGGCGCCCUGGCCAGGACACCCUUGAGGAAAGAAGCUGGGAAUUAAGCGUGAGGGUUCUCCACCCACGAGCGAGGGUGGGAAGGGGAGAGGCGUGCUGCGGGCAGGGCUGGCGUCGGCACACUGCUGGGGCAGGCUCCCCGCCCUGGACACGCUUUGGGGUUAAUUUUUGCACCUCUGAGGUAAGGAAAUCUGCUUCCGAGUUAUGCUCCCCACUGGGGGGGGUCUGAAUAAAUUUCUUUUUUUUUUUUUUUUCAAUCUUCACCCUUUUGAAAUGAAAAACUGUCUCUAC